AUGAUCUACCUUAUAAAUCUCUCCGCUUUUCUUCUCAUUUCCUCGACGAGUUCACUUAUCUGUCCAGUUUAUAAUGUUUUCAACAAUGAAACUAGUGCACUUAUUUCCUGUGAUACAAAUCUUUCCUCGUGUACAUACCUUACAACACAAUCAACCGCACGUCGCUGCUUGGGUAUCUAUAAUUUUGAUAGAAACUUUCAAGCCCAAGAUCAGCGAAUACGUAUUCGUCAGUUAGCGACGAUUGAUGAUUUCGAAGCAAAGUAUUCGAAUACAACCGACUGUAUUCUUAAUCUUGACAGGACUGGUAACAACCUGUUCUGUCAAUGCAAUUCUGAUAACUGUACUUUGAAGUGGAGAAGAGCCGAGAAUUUGUAUACAAGAAUGUCCUACCAUGAAAAUGUGUUCAAACACGACGAAGAUAACAAUUGGUUUCUUCCAUUGAUAGUCAUUGUCUUAGUUAUCAUCGUGAUUAGUAUUAUUGUACUGAUGAAAUACCAUGGAUUUCAUAAAUCUAAUGAGAAAGAUAAUCAAUCUUUCUCGGCAAAUCUUUCGACAGCUUCAACAGAUAUCUCACAUGCCGAAAUUGAUGAAUUUCUCUCAUCGAAUCCAACAUAUCAAUCGAUUAUCAGCCAUGGAAAAACCAGUAUUAUAUAUCGUGCCUGGACAACAGACAAAGACAGUUUCCAAUACGAGAAAAAACCAGUUGCUGUCAAAGUCUAUCACGGUCAGAACUAUAGACAUAUGUUCGAAAAUGAAGUACAAAUCUUAAGAAUGAUUCGCCACUCAACGAUUGUGAAUUUCAUCAGUCAUGGCUGGCAUGAUUUAUCUCCAUAUAUUCUCCUUGAGUAUCACGAAAUGGGUUCACUUGAGAAUUAUCUUCGCUCGCAUAAGCUACCCUGGUCAACAUGUUAUUCAUUUCUUGUCUCCCUUGUUGAUGCAAUUGAUUAUCUUCAUUAUGAAGACCUUUCGCCGAAUAUUUAUCUACCAGCAAAUCGCAUUCGCAAGCCAGUUAUUGUCCAUCGUGAUAUCAAAAGUUCAAAUAUUGUAGUUAAGUGCAAACCAGAGCUGAGUUUAUGUUUAAUCGAUUUUGGUUUCGCUAAAAUGCUUCCACCUAUUCUGACGACAAGAGAUUUCAUUCAAAUUGGUACGUAUCGAUACAUGGCACCAGAAUUACUGGAACUUGCCAUCACACAUACCAGCGAUGCUCUGUGCAAAGUGGAUAUGUAUGCACUGGCACUCGUGCUUUGGGAAAUUGUUACUCAAUGUGAAGACUAUUCGUCAAGUGUCGACUAUCAACUUCCCUAUUCGGAAUAUCUUAGCUUAAAUGAAACAAAUCAAAACAGAAUCAUCGAAAUACUGCAUCGAGUGGUUGUCAGCGAAAAGAAACGACCAGUCAUCCACUAUACAUCUAACGUAAAUUCGAAAAUAUCUCAAGUAUUGACUCUGAUCGAAGAUUGUUGGAAACACGAACCGGAAUCCCGUCUGAAUGUUCGACCUGCGCUGUAUCGUCUUCGCCGUCUUUAA